AUGGAGAUGCGAUCCGCAGAUGGGAUGCAGAUAAGCAGCAUCCGACUUGUCUCGUUAUUUUAUGGUUUGCUAUUCAUAAUUGGACCAGGAGGAGAUUGUGACGUAAAUUCUCCCGUUGUUGUCGCCCAUUUGGAGAAAUUGGCUGGUGCAAUUCCUAUCGUUCGAUUUGAAUCUGACACUGUGGUCAAGCAACAAGUUGAUAAGGCCAACAGCAUAUCAAAGUAUACGCUGUUUGGAGAUACCGAAGUUCUGUAUGAGAGAAGCUCGAACGAUAAGAAUAAAGAUGUCGUCAUCUUGACCUCUGAGGAGGAUAAUAUUCCAUUCACUACUUUUAAAAAGAUUUACGUCGUUUUGAAAAGGAAGCCGGAUUCGGACACGUAUUUCGUUAAUUUGGCACUUUUAAGGCUCGCAUUGGAAAAAGAGACGGAAAAUGUAGUCGAACUCUCUGGUAAGAAAUUAAUCGUGGAGUGGGAACGUUUUGACGAACAUUUCGCGAACGGACGACCAUCCAUUACAUUCUUUUCGUUGCAAUGCGCUUCCUCGUUUCUUGUGCCGUGUUCCUUCAACGAUACGAUCUUAACUGCGGAGGAGAAAGCUGCAAAGGCUCCCAAAUUCGUGGGGAAGAAUAUCCUCCUCGCAUCCAUGACGGAGAUUGAGUCGCAUAAACCGGAAGUUGAAAAUGGUGCGGAUCCCCUUUGCAAUGGAUACCUUUUCUAUGAUCUCGCUUGGAAACAGGCCGAGGGCCAUGGAUCUGGGAGAGGGUUUUUCCAAAGUUCUGGAAGCGAAGCACCCCCGCAGCAACCGCAACAACCAUAUGCAGCUGACGUCUUGUACUACCCAUCCCAACCUGUCGACAGUGGUGUGGGUAUCUUGGGCGGUGUUUUAUCCGGGAUUGGAGGAGUGGUUUGCGGAAUUGUGUCGUUUUUGGCGAGUUGUGCCGAUGAAAGGGCUCACCAUUACACGAUGCCCAUCGGAAUGGCAGCAAAGGAAGGUUGGGACAAGAAUACGUGGCAGAUAGGGACAAUAGGACGAAAGCGGCGUCGUCGGCGAAGUGCUUCAGCCGAUCUUGAAGUCGCGCUGGACUACCCUGGUUGGAAAACACAAUAUAAAACCCCUAAAAAAGGCAUUUUGUCCGAAUCAUCCGGAAUUUUCUAUGGAUUUGGACACUGUCCUUACAAGCUAGUUGACGCAGAAGGACUCAAGAAAACAGGUGGGUCGGAUUUAGAAGUCGUGGAUUACUAUUUAACAGCCCUACGUGCCGACUGUGUGACAUGGAUGAGAGAAUUUGUCAUAGAACUGAUCAAAUCAGGAUAUCUCGUCGUGACCAAGGACAAAGGUCUCGAAGUAAAUACAGCAUUCGCUUUGUUUAAAGAACCGAAACUUUCCCUUAAAGAGAGCCUCCUCCUCUCAAGUGCCGCAGAGUUGGACGCCUUCUCUAAAAUUUUCUCGGAAGAAUCCUCCAACCCGACGUCUUCACCAAAAUCACCCGACGGGAAGAUCCAAAUCUCAAAAAGUGUAAACUUCAUUGUAAAAACGGGAUUGAAAGCUUUGGAGAGAACGCUGGAGUACACGCCAUCCCACAUCACCGUUUUGAGACGCCACCUCCUGCAAAGUUUCAAACAAGUUUUUACUAAAUUAUGGCAAGAUUUGCACAACCUGGACCGUUGCACGGACGAUUGUGGGAGCGACAAGGAGAACAAUCGUAACGAUAGAUUACAAGUUAUGGGACUCAUUCAGUUCAUAAGGUAUGGCAGUGGAGCAAUCAAAACUUCGGCGGAUGUGAAACCAUUCCACGACAAGUUUUACACCAAGAAUUUCAACUCCAUAGAAAAAAUUGUAGAUUUGUAUGGUUAACAAGUUAUAAAAUUAUUUAUGAUUGGUCAGGGUUAAAGAUUCAUUAAACACAAAAC